CAACGCUUGUUUGAGACUGUUGACUUGAGACAGAGUUCAACACUGAGUGUGCUAACUGCCGUGCUAACGCUAGCUCCUCCAAACGGUUGAAACAUUGCCUGUCUUUCCGUGUUGCCUGCACAGUGAAUACGAUGCCACCCAAAAAGAAAGACUCAAGUAAAAAGCCUGCAAAGGCAAGGACACCAGUACUGAUAGAUGGCCGCACCAAGGAGGAGAUGUCCAAGGAGCAGAUGGAAGAGCACAUUGUGCGUCUUCGAGAGGAGCUGGACAGAGAGAGGGAGGAGAGAAACUACUUUCAGCUGGAGAGGGACAAGAUCCACACCUUUUGGGAGAUUACAGACAGAGAACUAGAGAAUUUUAAAGCUGAACUGAAAAAAGCUGAAAAGGACAUUGAAGAGGAUGAGGAGCGCCACCAAGUAGAAAUCAAGGUGUAUAAGCAGAAGAUGAAGCACCUCCUGUGUGAACACCACAACAUGAUAUCUGAGUUGAAAGCAGAUGGUUUAGUCUCCACUCAGGUGGUACAGAAAGAACAAGAACAAUUAGAAACUGAGCUUCAUAAGGACAUGAGGGCCAUUGUGGUCAACACGGAGAAGCUAGACAUUGAAGACCUCAUCAAGGAGCAUGAACUGAAACAUAAUGAAGAAAUGACUAAAAGAAGGAACAGCUUUGAGAAGCAGCUCGCAGAAACUAAGGCCAAGUAUCAGAAGAAGAUGGAGUUGGUGCAGCAAGAGCUGGACAUUCAGAGGAAAAAUGGGAUCAAGGAGUUUGAGCUACGUUGGAACAGCCACAACAACAAUCUUAUAGAAGAGCACAACAAAGCUCUCAGUGAUCUCAGGGAACAAUCUGUUAAUAACAUGCAACAGCAUUUGGAUAAGAACGAUUCAAACAGGAAACAAAUUGAAGAGAUAAAGAAAAUAACAGAGGAGAAAGAAAACAAGCGAGCUCGUGCUUUGCAGGAUAACGAAAGUCUCGAAGAGCAUCUCAGGAAAGUCCAGAAGGAAAGCGCUGAUAUUGAGAAAAGAUUGAGAUUCUACAGACCUGAAAAGUAUGACAAAGAAAGCGCCAAACAAAAGAAGGUUGAUGUUUUGAAACGGGAUUGUGAGGAGCUGGAGCAGAAAUUCAGAAAGGUUCAGCAGGAGAGGGACGAGCUGUACGAGACGUUCACAGAGAAUAUUCAAAAGGUGCAGCAUAAAGCAGGUGUGAAGAGCACACAGCUGGAAGGGAAGGUGAAAGGCCUGACAGACCUUCUGGAGAAGAGGCAGGCUCAACUCUCCUCGGUGCUUUCUGCCUCCAACAUGGACCAAACUGCCUUUGAUGGGGUCACUCACAAAAUUGAGGAAAAACUUGACUCCAGUAAUAACACCAUCAGGAACCUGCAGUAUAAAAAAGCUCUAAUUUCGCAGGCCCAGAAGGAUUUGCUGCUGUUCUAUGACGCAAAGCAAAGGGCUCUUGGUGUCCCUGUGGAGGAACUGUGUGUAAAGAAAGCGCUUUGAGAACAGUCUCCCUGGGAAAAGGACUUGGAUCUUGGGAUUUUUCCCCAAAACAAAGGUUCCCCUCAGAUUUAAUGGAUAAACCAAUUCAGUUGCUGAGAAACUGUGUUAUUUAAACAUGGAUGCUACUAUUUAUAAAACAUGCCUAAUGUGAAUUAUUGUAUUGGAGAGUGAUGUGUGUUGUGCUUUUUUUAUUAAAAAUUUUAAAAAUAAAGGUUUUGUGCAAGUAAAA